UCACUUCCCUCUUCCCCCGGUAGUGCGGGCGGUGGCGGCGGGCGGGCGCGGGAGCCGUGAGGGAGCUGCGGCCGCCGCCAUGUCCGACUGCUCGGCGCUGCAGUUCGUGAGCCCCUACGCCUUCGAGGCCAUGCAGAAGGUGGACGUGGUUCGCUUGGCCGCGCUGAGCGACCCCGAGCUGCGGCUGCUGCUGCCCUGCCUGGUGCGGAUGGCGCUGUGCGCGCCCGCCGACCAGAGCCAGAGCUGGGCGCAGGACAAGAAGCUGAUCCUGCGGCUGCUCUCGGGGGUCGAGGCGGUGAACUCCAUCGUGGCGCUGCUGUCCGUGGACUUCCACGCGCUGGAGCAGGACGCCAGCAAGGAGCAGCAGCUCCGGCACAAGCUGGGAGGUGGCAGUGGAGAAAGCAUCCUGGUGUCCCAGCUGCAGCACGGGCUGACGCUGGAAUUCGAGCACAGCGAUUCCCCUCGGCGGCUCCGGCUGGUGCUGAGCGAGCUCCUGGCCAUUAUGAAUAAGGUUUCAGAAUCAAAUGGCGAGUUUUUUCUCAAAUCUUCCGAGCUCUUCGAGAGUCCCGUUUACCUGGAGGAGGCAGCAGAUGUUCUCUGCAUUUUGCAAGCAGAGCUGCCCUCCCUGUUGCCCAUAGUGGAUGUGGCUGAAGCUCUGCUGCACGUUAAAAACGGGGCCUGGUUCCUGUGCCUUCUGGUGGCCAAUGUCCCUGACAGCUUCAACGAGGUCUGCAGAGGUUUGAUUAAGAACGGGGAGCGGCAGGAUGAGGAGAGUGUUGGAGGCCGGCGGAGAACAGAAGCCCUUCGCCAUCUGUGCAAGAUGAACCCUUCCCAAGCUCUGAGGGUCCGGGGCAUGGUGGUGGAAGAGUGCCACCUGCCAGGUCUUGGCGUGGCUUUGACCUUGGAUCACACCAAAAAUGAAUCUUCAGAUGAUGGAGUGAGUGACCUGGUGUGCUUUGUCAGUGGGCUGCUGCUUGGAACAAAUGCAAAGGUUCGAACUUGGUUUGGGACUUUUAUCCGAAAUGGCCAACAGAGAAAGAGAGACAAUAUCAGUUCUGUGCUGUGGCAGAUGAGGAGGCAGCUGCUCCUGGAGCUCAUGGGGAUCCUGCCCACGGUCCGCAGCACCCACAUCGUGGAGGAGGCCGACGCCGACACGGAGCCCAACGUGUCCGUGUACUCGGGGCUGAAGGAGGAGCACGUGGUGAAGGCCAGCGCCUUGUUACGCCUCUACUGCGCCCUCAUGGGCAUUGCUGGGCUCAAGCCAACUGAUGAAGAAGCUGAGCAGCUCCUGCAGCUCAUGACCAGCCGCCCUCCUGCAACUCCUGCUGGUGUCCGCUUUGUGUCCCUGUCCUUCUGCAUGCUCCUGGCCUUCUCCACCCUGGUCAGCACCCCAGAACAGGAGCAACUCAUGGUGAUGUGGCUUAGCUGGAUGAUAAAGGAAGAAGCCUACUUUGAGAGCAUUUCUGGUGUGUCUGCUUCCUUUGGAGAGAUGCUUCUCCUGGUGGCCAUGUACUUCCACAGUAACCAGCUCAGUGCCAUCAUUGACUUGGUCUGCUCCACCUUGGGAAUGAAGAUUGUUAUCAAGCCCAGCUCGCUCAGCAGAAUGAAGACAAUCUUCACACAGGAGAUUUUCACUGAACAGGUUGUCACAGCCCACGCAGUGCGAGUGCCCGUCACGGGCAGCCUCAGUGCCAACAUCACUGGCUUCUUGCCCAUCCACUGCAUUUACCAGCUGCUCAAGAGUCGUUCCUUCACCAAGCACAAAGUGUCCAUUAAGGACUGGAUCUAUCGGCAGCUCUGCGAAACCACCACCCCUCUGCACCCUCAGCUGCUCCCUCUCAUCGAUGUCUACAUCAACUCCAUCCUGACUCCUGCAUCCAAAUCCAACCCAGAGGCCACCAACCAGCCUGUCACAGAGCAGGAGAUACUGAAUGUUUUCCAGGGCCUCUCUGGGGGGGAAAAUGCCCGUCUCACUCAGCGCUACAGCAUCACCACCCAACUGCUCGUCCUCUACUACGUCCUGUCCUACGAGGAAGCACUUCUGGCCAACACAAAGAUUCUGGCUGCCAUGCAGAAGAAACCCAAGUCUUACUCUUCAGCAUUAAUGGAUCAGAUUCCAAUCAAGUACCUCAUCAGGCAGGCACAGGGGCUGCAGCAGGAGCUGGGAGGUUUGCACUCUGCUCUGCUGCGACUCCUCGCCACCAACUACCCCCACCUGUGCAUCGUGGACGACUGGAUCUGUGAGGAGCAGAUCACAGGCACUGAUGCCUUGCUGAGGAGGAUGCUCCUCACCAACAUGGCCAAGAACCACUCUCCCAAACAGCUCCAAGAAGCCUUUUCCAUGCUGCCUGGAAAUCACACCCAGCUGAUGCAGAUCUUGGAACACCUGACCCUUCUCUCAGCUGGGGAGCUGAUCCCGUACGCGGAGGUGCUGACGUCGAACAUGAAUCUCCUGCUGGACGCUGGGGUCCCUCGGGGCAUCCUGCAGGCUGUCAACAAACUCUGGAUGGUCCUGAACACUGUGAUGCCCAGAAGGUUGUGGGUGAUGACUGUUAAUGCUCUGCAGCCCUCAGGAAAAAUAUUCCGACAGCAGAAAUACACCCAGAAUGAUCUGAUGAUUGACCCCCUGAUCGUCCUGAGGUGUGACCAGAGAGUCCACAGGAGCCCUCCCCUGAUGGAUAUAAUUUUGCACAUGUUGAAUGGGUAUCUCCUUGCUUCCAAAGCUUACCUCAACUCUCACCUCAAAGAAACAGCAGAGCAGGACAUCAGGCCAUCCCAAAACAAUGCAAUGGGUCCAGAGGCCCCAGAAGUUACAAGAGAAGAAUUAAAAAAUGCUUUGCUAGCUGCUCAGGACAGCGCUGCUGUGCAGAUCCUUCUGGAGAUCUGCUUGCCCACCGAGGAGGAGAAGGGCCAGGGCAGCAGCUCGGAUGAUUUGCUGCUGGGUGCCCACAGUCCCAUGGGUGCUGAGGCCGAGGAAGAGGAGGGUCUGCUGUGUAACCUGAGGGAGGUGCAGUGCCUCAUCUGCUCCUUGCUGCACCAGAUGUACAUCGCUGACCCCAACCUCGUCAAACUCGUGCACUUCCAGGGCUAUCCAUGUGAACUGCUGGCACUGACAGUGGCAGGGAUUCCAUCCAUGCACAUCUGUCUGGAUUUCAUUCCAGAGCUCAUUGCCCAGCCUGAACUUGAAAAACAGAUAUUUGCCAUCCAGUUACUUUCCCACCUGUGUAUCCAGUAUGCACUGCCUAAAUCCCUCAGUGUGGCUCGUUUAGCCAUCAACGUGAUGGGAACCCUGCUCACAGUUCUGACCCAGUCGAAGCGCUACGUGUUCUUUAUGCCAACCCUGCCUUGUUUGGUGUCCUUCUGCCAAGCCUUUCCUCCCCUCUAUGAGGAUAUUAUGUCUCUGCUGAUCCAAAUAGGACAAGUUUGUGCCUCUGACGUUGCUACACAGACACGAGACUUUGACCCCAUCAUCACUCGUCUCCAGCAACUAAAGGAGAAACCACAUGAUCUCUCAGGACUUUGUAAAGACUCCUCUACCAAAAGCUGGUCCAGAGACAUGGCAAGCCUGGACCCCGACGUUCGGCUGUGCCAGUGUGUGGAAAACACCAUCAUCGAGAUCAUUAACAUGAGUGUCAGUGGGGUUUAGGAACAGCUCAAGUUAGUUUGGAGCUUGUCCCACUGUCCACAGUGCCUAAAUUUGGAGAAAGCUGUGAAAGUGCACUGAGGAGCUGGAGCAGAAAUCCACGUUUUUGAUCCAUUUGAUUCAGUUACGGCUGAGGAGAAAAUUCUUUCCAGAGGCUCAUGUUGCGUCCAGUGAAAACUUCUGAGGGUGAUGGGAUCAGGAAAUAAUUCCCAGUGGAACUGAGAGUGAUUUUCAGGUGAUACAGCAACACAGCUGAAAGGCUUUUAGGACAUUGAAAAGUGAGUAUUUAAUGUGGUGAGCAAACAGCAAAAUGAUAGGUAAGAAAACUUGGAGAUUCAAAUGAGUUAAAAGAGCUGCUGUUCCAGAGCCUUGCAGAGCAAGAUGGAAUAAAGUACUUUGAGGAAUACUUGAAAAAGUGGUGCCAAUAACUUGCACCAUCACACUGAAUGCUUAGAAAAUGUUUUGACUCUUUAUCUGUGUGUCAAAGUAUUGGUCAAAGUUUCAGUUUGUGAGAUCAGGAGCUUCAUUUAAAGAUAACCAGCCUUCACUGAGAGUUUGAAACCGGUCUAAAAGUUGCUCUAAAAAAAAAAGGAUUAAUAGUAAAAAUGUGCUUUUUAAAGAAUGGGUAUUUUUCAUGCAACUCAGAUGAUUUUGGGUUUUUUAACUUAAAAAGUGAUGAGAAAGACUUGAAGAAACGAGUGCAGAUUUUUCUUAAGUUGUCACCAGGAUAAGACUUAAAAAAGAAAUUGGUGUUGAGAUUGAGUGUGCAAAGGAAUAAAAGAAGGAAUGGCCAAACUAGUUCCAGGCACCUCAGAAAGCCAAAUCCUUUGUGCUCCAUCUUGGAGUUGGUUGUUCUUUUCCAUACAAGGCCUGAGCCCAUCGAGGGGAUUUUUGUCAUCAUACUGUAAAUUAUGUAAAUAAUCUAAAUGUAUGUAUUUUUUUCCCUCAGUUCCAAGUGUAAUUUUAUAUGAUGUAGUGGUAUUUAAAUAAAAAGCAUUGACUUUACAAAAACUAUUAA